AGAUUUAGUCGGCUCGUAACUGCAAUCACGUAAAGAUGAUUGGUGUUAAUAUUUAAUAAUAACUUCAAUAAUUUACUAUACAUAUUUUCCCAAAGAAUAAAGAAAGCCCUACGUAGGGUAUUCUUUUUAAUCAUCAACACCAGCGCACAGUUAGCGCAAUAAUAGAUGACUUCGAGAGGACGUAACCUCAGCAGACAAGUGCGCGUUAAAGUAUUUAUGCUGAGAAUUCAGCGACGAUUUUAUCACGAUGCUCGAAGGACUUGUAGCCUGGGUACUGAAUAAUUAUUUGGGAAAAUAUGUGGAAAAUCUGAACACCGAUCAACUCAGCAUAGCCUUACUCUCAGGAGAGGUUGAACUUGAAAAUUUGCCAUUGAAACGAGAGGCACUGCGUCAUAUCGGACUUCCAGUAGAAAUUAAAGCUGGCUUUCUUGGAAAAGUUCGCCUACAAAUUCCAGUACGUCAGAUAAGAACUGCAUCAUGGGUUAUAGUCAUUGAGCAAUUGUACUUGGUUGCAGGGCCAAUACGUUUAGAGGAGUAUGACAGUGAAGCUGAGGAACAAGCAGCAUUAGAAUAUAAACUUAGUAGACUAGAAGCAUUAGAAGCCCGAUGGCGUGCCGAUACAGAACGGGAUCCAGGAUACUAUGCUGCAAGCUACAGUUCUUGGCUGAAUUAUGGCACGUCCUUAGUGACAAAUAUCAUAGAAAAUCUUCAGCUCAAUAUAAAAGACGUGCACUUUCGAUACGAAGACGACGUCACCCUUGCAGCAGACAAUGGCGAUGGUAUAGCUCUAGGCGUAACUAUUGGAGCAUUAACAGCUCAAAGUUGCGACGCAAGCUGGAUUCCAGGAUCAACAUCCUGGAAUCUUGGCGACGCAUCAUUCAAGCUUAUGGAACUGGACGGCCUUUCUGUAUAUUGGAACCAUCUUAAGAAAGAUGAAUUUUUCAGCAAUCUUAAUUUGGGUGAUUUAGCUAUUGCUAUGAGCGAGUCGAAAAAAAGUAAAUGGAAGCAUAUUCUAUCGCCGGUGAGCGCUCGAGCUCAUAUAAAACGAGAUAGAUCAGACAGACCACUACGUUCCGCAAAUAGACCACGAGUUGUCUUAGAUCUAUUGCUGGAUCAAGUACCACUUGCUAUCACUGAUGUACAGUACGAAGAAAUGGUAAGAUGCGUUAGACAAUUGGAAGAUAUCGACCGACAAAGAAGGCUACGACGUUGUAGACCAUCGCAAUCGGUACGUGAGGCACCAAAGGAAUGGUGGAAAUACGCAGCGCGAUAUCAUAUAGGCCUUGAUACUCUAAAACCUCGCUGUACCUGGGAAGAUGUUCUACGACGCGCUAGAGAGAAUGUUGCGUACGUUGAAGCUUGCGCAAAAUUGCUAGGAACACCUACGACGAUCCUGCCAUCGGACACGAAGCAACUCAAAGACAUUGUGGAGCAAGAAAGAAGUUAUGACGAAUUACGCGUGUUGCGUGACAUAGCGAUGACUAAAGUGCGUCCGCCAAAAACGAUGGAGACCAAUAGCAACAAUGUAAGUUCCCCACAGGCACGGGGUAUGCUAGUGCAAUGGUUCCCACAAUGGUGGGGCUGGUACUCAAAAACGCCAAAUAGUAACCAGAGUCAGUCGUCGCCCUUUGACGGAGAAUUGCUAGAUGCCUUGGCUGAUACCAUGGACGACGACACACUGCUACGUAGGGACACUGUAUUCGGACAAUUUAAUUUUGCCCUGAGUCGUGGUGCUAUUUCCCUAUGUUCUGCUGAGAAGACUGUAAUGGAAUUGCGGUUUGAAAAAGUCAACCUGAGUUACGAGUCCCGACCUCGUUCGGGUUCACAUAAAUUCUCAGUCAGCCUUGGGGCACUUUACCUUCACGACUUCCUCACACAAAAUUCCAGCUUUCCUGUUCUGGUUCAACCACAAAGUAUGUCGAGUUCUACGGGUUCCUCAUCGAGACUCCGCGGAUCGUCCGACAUAUUAACUAGUCAACUGUCUACGCUUUUCGAGCUGGUAUAUGAGAAGAGGCCAUUGCACCUGAGCAUGGACCAUUCGUUGCGAGUUCACUCGCGAUCUCUAGACGUUGUUUAUAAUCCCGUAGCUAUUAGAUGGCUUAUAGACUUUAUAUGCGAACCGCACAGACAUGCAGCUAAUCAGAAGCUUCAGGCUAUGAAGAGGAGGACGCGUAGACAGAUAAUGAAGAAUUGGGAGCAAAUACUCGAAGGGGAUUUUGUAUACAGAUCAUCUUGGGACUUACAGUUUGACAUAUCCGCACCACAGAUCUUGCUAGUAGAGAAAUUUACUGAUGCAGGGGCAGCUGUUGUCGUUGUAGACUUCGGACGAUUGCAUCUAUCUAACAAUAAGGAUGAGGUGAUUCUAAAGGCAGGAUCACCAACAGCAAGUGACGAUGACGAUGAAAGAUAUGAAACACCGUGCUCGACGCCACCAGGAAGUCAAGAAAGUGGAUCGCUACAAGAAAUACAAGCCUUGUCAGAGGCAGCUUUACACCAAAGACUCUACGACCAAUACACAAUAGAUCUAGCAGAUCUUCAAGUCUUAGUGGGCAAAGUUCGAGACAAUUGGAAGCACGCGCGUACACGAGGGAUGUCGAAUCUUCAUGUUUUGGAAAGAUUCAAUAUCUCUCUUCAGAUAGAGCGUCGAAUCAUCACCACGACCGAUCCACAGUUUCCAUCGGUAACUGUGUCCGGUAAUCUACCAAGAUUAGUGGUUCAUGUGAACGAACAAAAAGUGGAAGCAAUUCGAUCCAUGUGGAAUUUGCUGGCUGGUUCAAUGGGUAGUGUUGAGGUGAAUGAACCAGGAAGUCCGAAAAAAGAAGAAAGUAUAGAACGUCCCUCUGGCUGUCCAAUGAUGAUACAAUUUAUUAUUGAUCAAAUGACUUUUGAACUUCAGUCAAGAGGUCGAAGUGUCGCAGAAUUACAAGUGUCUGGUGUGCGCGCUUCAUUAAGCAAAAGACCGGCAGACUUGAGUGCGUCAUUGUCGGUUCAUGGACUAUUGUUGGUUGAUGCAUUGCAGGAAUUUGGACCGGAUUUUGAAUUAUUAGUUGCAAGUCACAAGCACGUGGGUAUGGACAGUGUUUCAGGAAGUUUGCGUGAUUCGGAACCGACGUCACCUACAUCGCCCAAUUCACCGGGAUCACCUGACCCUUCGGUUCCUAGGAGAUUGACGUCCUCCGUUGCUUUAUCACGGGCAUUAUCUACCCUUGCACAUGAUUCGAAAAAUCCAGUUGCAUCAAAGAACAACUCUCUGAUUGGUCUGGAUCAACUGGAUUCGGAAGCUUUAAUAGUGGUUGAACUUAUGCUGGUUGAUGAUCCGUUGGAGAGUCUUCGAGUAGCUAAUAUACAAUUCAAUAAUUUAGAUAUCAUUGCAAAUCAGGAAACAAUAGUAGAACUUAUGGGCUUUGCCAGAAGACUAUUUCCCCAGGAGAAUAAAAAUAAAAGAUACCAACAGCAAGAAUCACAAGCCAAUGUCACAUCAGGAUAUAAAUCUUCAACCAGAACAGAAAUUACAUUUGAUUUUCAUCGUCUAAAUGUGUUACUGUUGAGAGCAGUUAUGCAGGAAAGCCAUCUGGUGGGACAGAAAAUAGCUACUGCGACUAUGUCUGAUGCAAGAAUUCAAGCCACCCUAGCAUCUGAUGCAUCGGUGUCUGGUUCUCUUGGAGGACUUCAGGUCCUAGAUCAAACUCCAACAGGAAAAAUGCACCAAAGAAUUCUUAGCGUCGGUCGGGAUCCUUUGGCAGAUCCUCCUCGUCAUCCUCUGGAACAUGUGACGCUUGUUAAUCAGCCUGAGGCUUUUCGAUUCUCCGCUAAUCGCAGUACACACUAUGCCCCACCAUUAGAAAAGUCAGAUAUUACAGAAAGCCUGACGGAAAUCACUGUUAGAAUUGGAAGCGUCUGGUAUACACAUGCUCCUCAUCUCAUCUCUGAAUUAAGAUCUUGUGCUGAUGAAUUUAAACAAUACUUGAGCAACUUAGCAAGACAAAUUGGAGCAGCUGCUACAGACAUGGCUAUUGGAUUGGUUAAUGCUGAAGAUUGGUCCGUACCACAACGUCGAAGACUACCAAGUUUAUCAGCCGAUGCUCCUGAGCAAUGUACUAAUCCUAUUCUCAGAUUAGAUGUCCUAUUAGAUAGUCCAGUUCUCGUUAUACCAAGGAGUUCACACAGUACCCAAGUUUUCGUGGCACACUUAGGAACAAUGUCUUUACAGCAUGAACCACCAAUCUCUUCAAGUUCUAGAAACAAAAUUACUUUUGAGGUACGCAACAUGAACCUCUACUCUCUGGAUGUUAUUACAAGACCUACUCAUCCUCAUGGCGUUCAGACACAUGGGGCCUUGCCAAUACGCGCAGAAGUAAUGUACAACUGCAAAGAAUCAGGAAAACCAAUUCUUCACGAUACUCUAUUAAAAAUCGUCGUGGAACGUGAACCGUACAGACCUAUUCAGAGUCCAGGUUUUCUCUCUGAAUCAGAUGGUCCAAUAGUUCAAGUGCAUGGGACAGUAGUGACACCAUUGAAAGUUUCUUUAUCAAGAGGACAAUACGAACAACUCUUGGACACAAUCAACAGACUGUUCUCCACUGAAGUGAUGGAAACUACGAUACGAAAACCACAAGCAUCACAGCCAGUUUCUUAUUACUCGGAUAAAUUUGAUUUGUCAUUAAAAGUAUUGUUCGAACUUCCUAUACUCAGUAUAGAGCUAAAGCAGGAUCACCUGGAACAACCAUUGGUGGCUUUAUCCAUGCGUGAUUUUGUAGCUAAAUAUGAGAAGUUACAGAAAUUCGAAUCAACAACUCAAGUUGCACUUCGAUCUCUGUUGAUGGAAGAUUUAUUAUGCGCCGUAGGAUCUAGAUACAGGUAUAUGAUGCAAUCUACUGCACCGACAAGAGCAAGAUUACCUGUUGGAGUAUCGCGAUCCUGUCCUGACUUGGCAUUUGCUCAACAAUGGAAAAAUAAUUUUGUUUGGGGUAGCUUACCUGAUCGAUUAGAAACAGACACACUUUAUGGUGCUGUGCCAGCCCAUUGGAGAAGAAAACCAGCCUCUCUGGUGAAUACACCGAAUACGCCACCACCGUCUCCAGGAGUCGUUAGCGAAGAAAAUCUCAUUUUGAUCAGUAUUCGCAUUACAGAACCAAUACAAACUGACAUAGAUGAUGAACCUUUGGAAAAAUGCAAAUUCGUUUCGGUUGAUUUCAACUGUCUGGAUUUAGUUGUCAGCGUUGAAAGUUGGAUGGUAGUUUUAGACUUUCUGGGAAUAGGUGCACCUAACUCACUUGGACCUAACGUUACUGUGCACAGAACAUAUGUGGAUACAGAUCUAACAAAUGGAUACGAUAAGGUGGAUGGAAGUUGUGAUACGGUGUCAAUGAAAUCCGAAACCGAAGUGGAAGUCAGGUCGUUAACUUUAGUCCUGAUUCAGUCAGAACGAGAAAUCGCUAAAGCCAAUAUUUCCAAUGCCAGUGUUCAUGUUCUCAAAGCUGGAGGGAAAACAACAAUUUUUGGCUCUUUGGGUUCCAUGUCUCUUCUUGAUUUAACACCUCAUGGCAGAUUAUAUCGAGAAAGGUUCCUAUCUUCAGGACGGGAAGCCCUGAACUUUCAAUAUUCAAGUUACUCAGAUUCAGAUAAUCGAGAACAUGAUGCUCGGUUGAAGCUUAAAAUGUCAGCUGUACAUUACGUUCACACUCAGCGCUUUGUAUCUGAAUUGCAAGCCUUCUUUAGUCACUUUUCACAGUUGCAAACCGUCAUGGCAACUCUACGGGCUGAUGAUGGUACAGUUGUCGAUAUGAACAAACGCAGCAUGCGACUGUCAUUGGAAUUGCACGCUGGUGCGCCUGUCAUCCUCUUGCCUGUCAGCUCAACAUCCGAAGAGUUAAUUCUUUUGGAUCUGGGAGAACUGACUGCCCACAACUCAUUUGAAUUUUCUGAACAAGCUUCCGAAUGUCUUCUUGACGUGAUGCUACUCGAGCUAGUAAAUAUGGAUGUCUUUGCCGUGAAGAAAUUAAAAACUGAGGACGAUCAAUCCGAUUUAGAUUGCUUGACGGUUGGUGGAUUUACCGUUAAAAAGCUGGGUCCAUCCUUGCUCACUGAAAAGUGCCACUUGAGUUUGAGGGUUGAAAGAAAUUUAGACUUUCGCGUCAGUCGACUUAUUCCAGACUUGAGCGUGCGUGGUACUUUGUCCACUAUGGACUGUGCAUUGGAUCCAGCCCAGUACAUGCUGAUACGUGGUUUACUGUCUUAUAACAUAGGCGAAAAUCUUGAUGAUCUUAGGGUAUAUAUGCAGGAUCUAGAGACAGUUACAGAUUUUUCACCAACUAAUGACCAGACGGACAAAGUCUGGACGAAAUCCUGGAUUGGAUUGGAAUUGGUGAACGUGACCCUGAGACUUCAUCCCAAUCACGGUUUAGCUGCAUUGGCCUGCGUCAACUUCAUUAAGUCGAGAUUAACUUUAGAUUCGUUGAGUGAUGGCUCGCAGGAUAUUGACUUGGUGUCGCGUGAGAUUUUAGUUACGGAUACAAGAUUUCAGGAUGAACCUAUCAAUCGACACUCUAACGUCUUCACGAGUAUUCUUCAGCCUUUACGAGAUGCAGGAGCUGAGGAUCGGGUACAGGCUGAAGUGCAUCACAGAAGAAGAACAAAUAUUGCAGCAACAACUAUUCUAUUGCACAGCAUGAGACUAACUGCCAUCCUUGAUUGGUGGGAAGCCGCUAAAGACUUUUUACUACUUAACGCACCUGAGCCAGCUCCUAUUCCAGGAAUAUCAAGAACAGUGCUUUCUCAGGAUCCUGAAAAGAUUCAGGAGACCAUCCCCAUAGAAUUUAAGCUGAAUAUCACGGAUUCCGAAUUGGUUCUAGUCGAGGAUACGUCGUUAUUUGACACCAACACGGUUAUUCUGAAGUCAACUACAAUUCUUGUGUACCGUUCCAAUCCUCAACAUGGAGAGAAACCCCUAUCUUGUAACUUAUCUAGGUGCGAGUUAUUCUCUUGCAUCUUGGGUAUGGAGGAUGAAACUGCACUUUCUAUAAUUGAUCCAGUUAGUGCGAGCUUGGAGUUGACUCAGGAACGAACCUUAGAAAUUCAACUUCAGCCAAUGAGCGUCCGUUUAAGUUACCACGACGUAGCAAUGUUUGUCCGUAUGUUGAGUUCUUUGCCAAAACAAACUCUCUGGGCCAAACAAAGAUCAACUGCACCACCACCGAUUACCAAAAGUCAUGUUGUCAAACUCUCAGCUCUGGGAUUUACUGAAAUAGAUUGCGAAGCUGCACUCGAUAGAUGCAACGGACAAUUGGACGAUGCGGCACUUUGGCUUACACAAAAUGCAGUACCUAGUACUGAAUCAGUUAGAAACGGACUUGGAUUUUCCCAACUGGAACUUCAAACAUCUUGUCUUAGGAUUUGUAUCAUUGAUGACUGCCGGGACGCCGAUGUACCUUUACUUGAGUUGACAUUAUCGGAUCUUUUAGCACGUCAAGCUCUUACUGGAGCCGGGCUUGUAUCGGCAACUUUCACAGUGGACUAUUAUAAUCGUGCACUAAGCGGAUGGGAACCGUUUGUAGAACCUUGGAGAGCCACAAUCGAGUGGGAACAAACUUUAACGAGUUCAUUAGCUCCAAAGAGAUUACAAAUGUCUGUCAAUUCAAACGAUUCCGUCAACGUUAACAUCACAUCAACUCUCGUGGAGCUAGUGCAACUUGUCAAGCAUAAUUGGACACAGGAUUACUAUUUAUCAAGCAAGGAUGUCGUGAGUAGACCAUUCGGCAGUCCACCAGGAUACAGAAGACGGUCUCCCUUUGUGCCAUUUGCUCUGAAAAACGAGACAGGAUCUUGGAUUUGGUUCAAGACUUUUAUUGCUACUGCUGAUGGUGUAAAAGAAGUUGGUCAGCAUUGUGAAACUAAGGGAAUUUUAAAUAAGGAUGAGACUUGGAUAGAAGUUGCGCCAGAAGCAACUGUACCAUUCACAUUCGAAGGAAGAGGGAAGCUUAGGCAUCAUUCAACUCAUAUCGUUCGAAGACAUCAAGUUGCUGUUCUAGUUGAUGGGUGGAGACCAGUUGAUUCUGUUACUGUUGACAGAGUCGGAAUUUACUUUCGACAUGCAUACGCAGAAACCAAGGGACAUCAGUUUCAGGCCACAUCAAAAGCCAGGGUUGUUUUUGCUGUUGAAUUAGAAGGAUCAGCAAGAAAGUUGGUAACAGUACGUUCUGCUCUGCAAGUACUCAACAAGUUAGCAUACACCGUUGAAGUGAAGCUGGAGAAACCUCUUGGUUAUGUGCCAACGUAUCCCAAUGUGAGUGGAAGAGUAUUGCAAGUGCCCGCACAAUCAACUGUAUCAAUUCCAUUAACGCACACUGGAGUACAAAUGUGGCUCAGACCUGUUCAUCCAACAUACUCAUUCCAAUAUUGCAUGGAACCUACUGAUUGGACAACAGUUAAAAAACCCUCAGAGAUUAUUGAAAUUCAUACAACCUGCAAAACCAAUCAGAACAAUAUUUUUCGAAUGUGCGUUGCUGUGAAAAGGAACAAUUACCCAGCUGAUGUUGGCCAAGCGAUUCCUGCACAUUCGAUAUCCCUACUCGCACCAGUUACGCUUACCAAUUUGUUACCACAUGAAUUCUUGUACAGUGCAGGAUCAGAGAACGGUCGAAUUUCACCAGGAAAAAGUGCCGAUCUUCAUGAACCAAACGUGAAUGAACAACUUGAAAUUACAAUACGACUCGAUGGCUACUCUGGUGCAGGAACAUUGCUACUUCCGCCAAAUUGUGGUUCAUUCACGGGUCGAUUACGCUUGUCAGAUUCAAUGGGCAGAAUUUUGUUCCUCUACGCAGCUGUAGUAGUAGAAAAAGGAUCAGCACUUCGAGUGAACAUAACGGCGCCGUAUUGGAUAAUAAAUAAAACUGGUCUGCCAUUGGUUUUCCGUCAGGAGGGCGUUGGCACGGAAGCUGCUGGACAAUUUGAAGAGCACGAAAGAGCGCGAAUGGUUGCACCAUUAUUAUUUUCAUUCAGUGACGAAGAAGCCAGUCGAACACUCUCAAUUCGAGUUGGCACCGGAGUUCAUCCUCAAGGUGUGCCGCAAUGGUGUCAACAUUUUCAUCUACAGCUGGGAGUGCAGGUACCUCGACUCAGAGUCAGUCUUAGAGAUGGUAGGCCGGACAUCGUUUACCUCAUUGGAGUUGCAACAAGAGCAGCAAGAGGACGCUAUUCGGCAACAACAGUUGUUACGCUGUCACCAAGAUACCAGCUGCAUAACAAAUCAUCAUGCACAUUGGAAUUGGCUCAAAAGUGUUUCACCACGACAGUUAGUCAUCCAGGUGCACAGGCAACGUACAUAACGGCGAUGCCGGAUUGUCAUAUGCCUUUUCAUUGGCCAAGAUUGGAUAAAGAUCAACUACUCUGUGUCCGCAUGAUCGAUGUAGAUCAUUGUGCAUGGUCCGGAGGAAUUCAGCUGGAUGGCAAUUAUUCACUGACUAUUAAUCUACGCGAUAGAACUGGAAAAAUGCACUUUCUGCGGGUUGAUGUCGUUCUGCAGGAAAGUACCUACUUUAUUGUCUUUACAAAUGCUGACACGAUGCCACCGCCCAUACGUGUGGAUAACUUCUCAGAGGUUCCUCUAGUCAUCAAUCAGAGUGGUGUUGCUGACAGCUUACAAUGGACUGUGAGACCACACUCAUCAGUUCCUUAUGCACUGGAUGAACCAACACGUCCAGCAACCUUGUCAGUAACUGCACCAGGCGGUGUAACAGCAUCCUAUGACUUGAAUAUACUUGGAGAGAAUAGGGGCUUGACUUAUGAAAACUUCAUCUACAUUGCUUUCACUGGAACAUUUAAAAUCGAUGGUGAUCUCGGAACAGGGGAAACUGGUUUAGAUCCGCUUGACGUAGAAACUCAACGAUUAGUCCUAGAAGCUGGUCCUGGCGGUUGGGUAGGUCUACGACGUAAACAGUAUGGUGCACGUAGUCAACUUUGGAGAAUGACUGGUGAUGGACAACUGCAGCAUGAAGGGUCAAGCCCCCCGAGGGACAAGCAUGCAAGGACACCUGACACUGUUUUGGUGUUAGAUAUUGCUGGCACCGCACCGCAGCCAUUUACAUAUUGUUCCUUGGCUCUUCGACGACCUGAUCCCAGAAGAAGGUCUACACAGACUUGGAGAUUCACUGAUGAUGGCAGACUCUGCUGUGCCCAUCAGAAUAUGUGUGUACAGGCCAAAGAUGGCUUCAUGGGUCUUCACGAAGGCGGCGGCGUCGCCCGCUGGCAAAUGUGGAGUGAAGCCGCGUUAGGACCACAGACGCACAUCAGUCCUCCACCAAUUGAACAGCGAGUUGGUAGACAAAGACUACGACCUGGAUCUGGUUUUCUGUCUGUUAGAGUCACGACCGACGGACCAACAAGAGUGUUACAAGUUUUGGACAUCCUGGAAAGAAAAAAGAUGUUUGCUUUGCCAGAAGAACGAGACUGGUCGCACAUUGCUAUAACCGAACGACCAACUCAGGCGACUGCGGAGUCGCAGAGCGUAGAUUCUCGUGAGCUGCAGUUAAGUGUGCGCUUAGGGGCUGGUUUAGGACUUUCCAUAGUAUCAAGGAAACCAGCCGAGGAGUUGCUCUUUGCUCGAUUGGCAGGAAUUGCGCUGGAACUUGUACGAAUGCCAAGUAGCACUGCACUUGAUGUGAGCGUUGAAGAUGUUCAGAUUGAUAAUCAACUAUUUGAAGCGCAAUGCUCAUCGGUGCUGUAUACAACCAGAACUGCCAGGCCAGAUUCCGAAGCCAAACCUGCUGUACACCUGGUCGCAGAGAAAUUGCCAUCCAAGAAACGGAAUGCUGAGAUUUAUAAGCACCUGGUGCUCACGGUGAAACCUCUUUGUGUUCAUCUAGAGGAACGAUUGAUUUUGAGACUAGCUGCCUUUGUUGGCGCUGGUAGAUCUGAACUAGAUGCACCAGUCGAUGAAAAUGAUUUCAAGGCUCAGCGUUUUAUUUCAGAAGUCUCUGCUGCACAUGCUACUAGAUAUUACUUUGGUGCAUUAAAACUUGUUCCUAAUCAGGUGAAAUUGAGUGUUCUUACUACAACUAAAUUGCCACCACAACUACAAACUAUCAAGCGGAAGCUUGGCUUAACGUUAAUAAAGUUUGAAGAUGCGACGAUCGAAUUGGAGCCAUUUAUUAAGAGACAUCCUUUCGAGAGCAGCCAGUUUCUGAUUCACUCGAUUAUAAAACAUUACAAAGAUGAGCUGAAAUGGCAAGCUGCAGUCAUUUUGGGAUCCGUUGACUUCUUGGGAAAUCCCUUGGGUUUCGUGAACGACGUAUCCGAAGGAGUGUCCGGUCUGAUUUACGAGGGGAGCGUGAAAACCCUAGUCAAAAAUGUGACGCAUGGAAUUUCGAAUUCGGCUGCGAAAGUUACAGAAUCCUUAUCCGAUGGCCUCGGCUGGGUAAUAAUGGACGAAAGACACGAAGAAGCUAGACAAAGAAUUCGUUCGAAUACCGCAGGCAGUAGCGAUCACCUAGUUGCUGGUCUAAAAGGAUUGGGAUUUGGACUUCUUGGUGGUGUGACUAGUAUAUUCAAACAGACAUAUGAUGGUGCCACUAACGAAGGCUUUCCCGGAUUUUUUGCUGGCUUUGGAAAAGGUGUCGUUGGAACAUUAACGAAACCCGUUGUUGGUGUUCUUGAUCUAGCAACUGAAACGGCCACGGCAGUUCGUGAAACGAGCAGAAGCGCUCAUCGCGCUAUACCAAAAAGAGAUCGGUUACCUCGAGUGGCAAGUGGACCUGCAGGACUCUUACCACCAUACAACCAUCAGCAGGCUGAGGGACAGGAAUUCUUAUACAGUAUAAACAGCCGUGACUAUUCUGAAUUAUUCGUGGCUUACGAAUGUCUUCGUAGUGGCACUGACGAUCUCAGAGUAUUAGUAUCAAAUGAACGCGUACGAGUUAUAUCCGGUGGAACUAAAGGUGUUGUCACUGAGGUCAGCCUCGCUGAUCUGUUGCACUGUCAACCUACGCACAAGCUCGAAUCCAAUGGCAACAUGUUACAUUAUAUUGAAUUAACAUCAAGAACAGAUUCAACAUUGACAAUUAGCUUUGACGGACCUGAACCAUUGCGCCGACCAAAAGUUCGCUGCGACAAUGAGGAUGUGGCAAAAUGGGUUUCACAACAAAUUAACUAUGCAAAAGGCAUGCACGAGGAACACAGUUUAACACUUACUUCGUCAGACAACAUGCUUGACGAUAUUCAAUGUUACAAAUAGACAUUAACUAUGUCGAUUUCUACGGUUACGAGACUGAUAUAAGCUAUGAAAAUUCGAAGGUUGUAAAUUAAAAAAUUCUCGAGACGAUUAGAUUCGUGGAAUAAGGUAUACCUUUAUUGAUUAUGUUUACAUGACGUUCUCAAAUUGUUUUUAUCUACAAUUGGUAUAAGAGACUAAACGAGAGGGUGUACACGUGCCGAUUGGCACAAAUGAUUAAAUGCUUUCGCAUUAAAAUUUACCAUCCUAAUAAUACAGAGAGUACAAUGUGUAUUAUAAGAGUCAAGAGAGAUAUAUAUUAUUUACGUCAAUGAAGACUUAAUUUAUAUGGAAAAUCAGAAGGACUAUGUCUUAAGAUGUUAACUUCAUUACCGCUGUAUAUAACAAAUACUCUAGUUUGUACUAACUCGCUUCCACUCGUUUCGACCUGGUGUAUAGUACCCUCAUAUGGAGAAAAAAGAGUUGAAUGAAUAUUUUAUUCUUAAUAAUCUUAUUUCUUAGUGGUCAUGUUGAGUGGAACGGAGUUAGAGAGUCAUCGAACCUCUCAUUCGAUGCUAUCGCAAUACAUUGCAUUUAGCGUAAGAACAUAGCGAUUUGAUUUUUAAGUUGUCACCUGUAACAUAGAUAUCUUGUAAUAAUAUGUAAUAUUAAACAUCGCGUUGAUCGUUGCCUUUGUUAGAUAUGUAGCAAACAUUUGCUCUAAUGUUAGAUUCUUAUUAUCUAGUUGUAGUAUAUUUAUUAACCAUGUAAUCAGAACAUGUAAAGAUUCUUUUUUUCUUACAAGAAAUAGAAAAGUUUCCUUGGCGUUUAUAUUAAGCAAACAAAUUUUGAUCAGUUUUGAAUUAAGACAAACGUUUUAUUAUUUUUAUUUCCUUCUGCUUCCUGUUUCCUUAAUUGUGAGAUGACGAGUGCCAAAUAAUAUCUUUUCAUAUGAUUAAAGAUUUUGAAGAAAUACAUACAGUAUUUAGAAAAA